UUUCAGAAGAACCAGAAUAAUGUUUCCAAGGAAGUAAAAUGGCCUCACAUUACCACACACUGAAACCACAUUUUUCAGAAAACCAUGGCGAUAAUAUCGCAUUAGAGAAAGAUGGUGCCCAGAAUUGUUUUAAAGCCGAAUGGAAAUUUUUAAAAUCCUAUGGGCAUGCAUUCUCUGAUUUUCCGCUCCGAGACGACCGGAUGUAUGAGGCCAAUUUUGACGGAAGUGGCCAUGCAAGCAUUGGACUGACACAGACUGAUCCUAAUCAUUUGAGUGAUCUACAGCAAGCUGUCAGAAACAAUCAGAUAGUUCUGGUUACCGACGUUCGGUUCCACAAACGUAAAUGCACGGUAGAUAUUGUUAAAAAGGCAGAGGGUAGAAAAACGUUUGUGUUUCAGACGAAGUACAAAGAUUCCGCUCCACAAGGGAAGAAUUUGAUGCCUAAUGCUGAUGUAUGGAUAGUAUUCUACCUAAAAUUUGGUGAAAACAUGACAGCAGAAAUUAGAGAUAAAGAAACCGGUGCAGCUUUGCGAUUUCACAAAAAAAUUGACAGAAAUAUUGAUUUACAAAACGAAAGACUAAAAGUGUCUCUGCGAUCUCCAUUUCCUCUCGCUUAUGCAGUUCUAGAAAACAGUCUGGAAGAGAAUGGAUCCAUUCAUGUCAAAACAGAGCAUAUCAACAACGAAGAAAAGCCGAGGCUUUAUCAUGUUAAAAUAGGAAUCUCCAACAAGAAUGCGGAUUCGGCCAAUUCUUUAGAAUUUUGUCCGUCCAUUUCUACAAAACUAGAGAGAGACCAUUGCAUAGGGGACUUUUUUAUUUGCAUGCCAACAAAAGGAAAGUUUCAUGUUUUCAAGGAUGGAACAUGCAUUUAUACGAAAACCAUUUCACCCGAAGUAGAUGUAAAUUUACCGGUGUAUCUUUCAUUCGAAAUUUUUCGACUUCGUCUACAGACUGUAGAAUUUACGCACUGUGCACAUAAAUCAGAUGCAAUUCAAAAUCCAGAGGGUAAUGUUGUCGGCGAUUCACCAUAUGUUAGAGUAAAUGAGCUUUUAAAAACCUUGCAAGGUGUGAAUCAAGAGGUUGGAGCAGGAAAAUAUACUGUUGAACUUGAAAAGACAUUAACUGUUGCAACAACUGAUUUGGAAAAAUAUGUAAACUAUUUCUCUGAUGAUGGGUAUCUAACACCACUGGAUACUCCAAAACCUAAACGUGUUUCUGCAGCAGAACCCAUAGAACAUCAAGAUGAAUCAAGUGAACAACCAUCUCUUAAAACUUUACAAAUGAAGUUGAUACAAAUUGAGAAAACCGCCAAAGAGCACCAUUUUGAAAGACAAACUUCCCUUGUUGAAUUGAUGAAGGCAUUAGAGAUAAACCGCGCUAUAGUAGAGAAAAUCCAGAGUUCCGUUGAGAACAUUAGUUCAGAAGACCCUACUCCAAGAGUAUCGGGAUCUUCUUCUUUCCAGAUGCAUUUGCAGAAAACCUGUGCAGACUUUAUUCAAAAUGUCGAUGUUUUUCCGCUUUGUGAUUACCUACUUCAAUUCGACAUUAUUCAUAAGGUUCAUUUUCAAAAUCUUCUUGACGAAUCCAGACGCCAACGGACGGAAGCAAGUAGAACACUGUUCAAUAUUCUCUCAAAGAAGAAGUACACAGACGAAGAACUCGAAAAAGUAAAAUGCGCAUUUUUAAAUACCAAACAAGAACAUCUGCUUCCACAAUAACCAAAAGACGCAUGACUUUGAUUUGUAUAUGAUGGACGUUUGCUAUUUCUUUUUUUUUUUCUUUAUCUAAACGUUAUUUCUGAACAAAGUACUUUUGAAAAUGAAGAACAUUUAUUGCAUUUAAAAAAAAAAAAUUAAUGUAUUUUCAAUAGGCAUCACAAAACAGAAGUCGUUUAAUCCAGUUAAACACCUCUUUUUUCAAGUUCUCUGUGAUAUUCUACUCAGACAAUGAAAAAUAGGAAAGUCAAAUGCUGACUUCAUUUGACAUUGCCUUUUAAAGCCGCUUGGUCCGAUUCUAAUCGCUAAAAAAUAUAUUCGUUUUUCUUCUUGAAAAAUAAUUGUCCAUAAAUUAUUUCAACUUUUGUCAAAUUAUAUCCCCAAAGUCUUUUUCUUUUUAAAGAUAUCAAAAUUCAAAAGUUAAAAAAAUAAUUUUUGUUAGGUCACACAAUAAAUAAUCCUUUGUUGACAUUUGUUGACAUUGCGUGAAGUCACCUUCGAAAAAUUAAAUUUAUCGCUUACAUGUAUAACUCGUGAAGAACAAACCCGAGCAUUUUUUCCACAACAAAGUGUGCACAGGCAAUAUUCUAGCCCUCGUUACUAAACCCCCUUUUUAAAAAAUCUUUAAAAAUAUCUUAUUUUCCUUUAUUCUGUAAAUAUGCAUAUUAAUAUAAAGAUUACUAUGGAUUAUGUUCAAUUAAUUCCUUAAUUUUUAAAAGAUAUAUCAUGACUUAGGAUUCUACUAAUUGAAAAAAAUACUCGGAUUUGAGUUCUCUUCAUAAUUAGAUAUAUCCGAUAAAAGUAUUUUUUUCAAAGAUGACUUCAAAACAGAUCUUAACUUCCCGUCAGGAACUGCUGUUUGUCAACAAGGUUUUUGGUCUAUGUUUUCCAUGUAAGGAUUGUUGUAAUAAACUAUUAAAUCAA